AUGGCACUAGCAUUUCAUCACCCUACAACCUUUGUCAACAUGGCAAUUUUCCACACCAACAUGACUACGACCCGCAACAUCGUUAGUGAUGCGCCUGACGAUGGCUUCGUCAGCCCUCAUAAUCUAGCAGCAGCCAUUAUUCUCGUCGUCAUUUGCAUUGUUGGCAUCGUUGGAAACAUCUUUGUGAUCGUCGCUGUCCAGUUAACCCGCCGCCUUCAAACCUUCACCAACUUCUUCGUCGUCGUCCUGAGUUGUACGGAUUUUCUGACCGCAAUGACGCUACCUUUCCAGGGUGGCGCACUUCUUGGGCUUGUGGACGCAUAUUCGGCUUUUGCAGUCGUCUGCGAAGUGAUCGGCGGUCUCUCAUUUAUAUUCAACGGAUGGAGCAUUAUUACAUUGAUUGUGAUAGCAUUUAAUCGAUACAUCCUAAUCACUCAACAGUCGCAAACGUAUCGCCGAAUAUUCUGUAAAAAGAACAUCGCCAUUAUGCUUGCAGUUAUUCUCUCAUAUCCUUUAUGUUCCGUCAUUCUCUUUGGAACGACUGGUUGGGCGGUGUUUGGAGAAAAAUGCAACACGUGCGCUGUAGUGGACGGCAGAGCUUUCAACCUCCUUUCUGGUAUUUCCAUGGUGACACUGAUGGUCGCCAUCUUGUAUUUCUACCUGAAAAUCUACCUCCAUGUGCGGAACCACGUCCGAAAAGUGCACGACAAACUGGAGAAUCAAAAUCCACAGCCCUCGUCUACACAACAAUCAUCAGUAGAAUAUUUAUCGAAUCCAGCUCAUUGCUCUAACGAGAGGUUACCUCCGUGCGCCGUAGGUUCCCAACGUCUUUCUAACCCCAUGGCAGCGGGCUACUUCUUCAAAGGAAACUGGCAUUCUAACUACUGCCAGCUUCGUAGCUUUGUAAUCCCUAGUUCCCUUGAAAUGCCUCACCAAUAA